CAAGUGAAAGAAAGGAGGAGGGGCAGGCUCUGACCUAGCUAGCACUGUGCUCUCUUCCUGCCUAGCUUGGGCUGGCUUCCAGGAACCCCAUGGCCAACUAUGAAUUUAGUCAGAUAUCUGGGGACAGACCUUGCUGCCGCCUCUCUAGGAACGUCCAGAUCUGUCUCGGAGUGGGUCUCCUGGUCCUGAUCGCUUUGGUGGUGAUCCUGGUCAUAGUUCUGUGGCCUCGCUCACUCCUGGUGUGGAAUGGGAGUCCUACCACGAAGCACUUUCCUGAGAUCUUCCUGGGACGCUGUCUCGUCUAUACUCAAAUCCUCCGGCCUGAGAUGAGAGAUCAGGACUGCAAGAAGCUACUGGGUGCAUUCAAAAGAGCAUUUGUUUCCAAGAACCCUUGCAACAUCACAACAGAAGACUAUGAACCACUAGUUAAAAUGGCCACUCAAACCAUACCAUGUAACAAGAGUCUCUUUUGGAGCAAAUCCAAAGACCUGGCCCAUAAGUAUACCUGGGUCCAGGGGAAGCUGUUCACUCUGGAGGACACGCUGCUGGGCUACAUUGCUGAUGACCUCAGGUGGUGUGGAGACCCCAGCACUUCAGACAUGAACUAUGAGUCUUGCCCACAUUGGAGGGACAACUGUCCCAACAACCCUAUCACUGUGUACUGGAAAGUGAUUUCCAAAAAGUUUGCAGAAGAUGCGUGUGGUGUGGUCCAAGUGAUGCUCAAUGGAUCCCUCAGUGAACCGUUUCACAAAAACAGCACCUUUGGAAGUGUGGAAGUCUUUAAUUUGGACCCGGAUAAGGUUCAUAAGCUAGAGGCCUGGGUGAUGCAUGACAUCGAAACAGCUUUCAGUAACUCAUGCUCGAGCUCCUCCAUUAAUGAGCUGAAGUUGAUUGUGCAAAAAAGGAAUAUUACCUUUGCCUGCCAGGAUAACUACAGGCCUGUCAGAUUUGUUCAGUGUGUGAAGAAUCCUGAGCAUUCAUCGUGUCAUCAAAUAUAUCCCUGGUUCCAAUCUUAGAGCUCCUGUGCAUGCAUCAAGAUGAAGGACUUAGAAGAAACACUGGUAGAAAGCUGACUCCAAUACAAUGUCAACACCAGUGAUGGAAGACCUUCCCAACAAAUUAUGAUGAAAUUAUGCCUUCAGCUUAGCUCUUACUAUAUACUACUAACAUUCAAGAAAAGUUACUCCAUAAUGCAGAGUUAAACUUUCAUAUUGCUCCUUCAUUUUCAUUUCUUUUUAUUUUUUUAAAUAUACUUCUUUUUUUUCUUUAUUAAUUACACUUUAUUCACUUUGUGUCCCCCCUGUGGUUCUCUCCCUCCUCCCGUCCCAAUCCCUCCCUUCCUCCACCCUGUGCUUGCUCUUUCAUUUUAACUUUCUCAUGUGGUACUUUCAUAUUGCUUAAAUAUUAAUAACAUCCUCUUUUUCUCUUUUAAUCAGGCUGAGACUCAAUCCAGAGAACUUUCACAUCUGGUAAAUAAGCAUAUAUACCAGGAGCUCAACCCUCAGCCGAGCUGAUAGCAUCAUUUUUAUUGAAAAAUGGGCAAUCACAUAUCCCCUGUUAGAAUGGACAAAGAAAAUGAAACAUCAAGCUUAUCAAAAUGAAUGACCUCACUUUUUUAUGUUUUUGCAUUCUUCCUAUAAAUAUUCAAAUGAUAAACCUGAGGUCAUGGGUCAUUAUAGGGAAGGUGCUCUGUGGGGACAACCCACAUUCCGGUUGCUCUAAUCUUUAACCCUUGCAACAUCUGUCCAAUAAGUUUGGCAUGAACUUGGUGAGGAGCUUUAAAUGGAGCCGAGAGAGGUUGUUGAUUUUCCUAACAUCACAGUCUUAGGAUUGUGGUUACAGCUGGAGUUAACUCAUUUCUAUCAAAGGCCACAACAUAUGAUUUUUUUUUUUCUUUUCUAGGCCUUUACUGCCAGAUUGAUAGUAACCUAUGUUAUUGUCCAGCAAAUGCUAUUGUGUUAAAUUGAAUGCAAUAGAAUCUGAAAUGGGAUUUUUAUGGAUGGUUGCAAAGCUCCCUCUUUGUCUUUCUCCUCAUUCUUGGUACCUCUUAUAGGUAGUUAAAAGUUAAAAUAUAUUUUUUUACUGACAUUGGCAAUUUAUAUUUUCUAUCCUUUUUUUCAUAGAUCAGUCUUACUUGGAAUUACCAAUUUUGUUGUUUUGUUUUUCUUUUCAAAGCUCCAAUCUUUAGCUUUUCUCAUUUAUUUUAUUUAAUUAAAUUGUUGUCUUUAUUUUCAGAAAUAUAGAAAUUUCUUCUGACUUCCUUGAAUAGCUUCAUUCAGCUUUUUGAGACAAAUGUUUAGAUCUUUGCUGUUUUAGCCUGUCUUCUUUUCUUACACGUGUAUUUUAGUGUUGUAAGUUUCCUCGGAGCCCUGCUUUCACUGUAGCGCUGAAUUUCUGAGUAUUUCCACUGGUUACCAUUCCCUUUAGUAUAGUUCCCAAUUUCAUUGUUAUUUAGAAAUGUUUUUGUUGUUGUUUUGUUGUUGUUGUUUUUUUUUUUUUACUGUUCAACAUCUGGAGAAUUUUUUAGUUUUUUUUAAAAUGUUUAAUGGAUACUAAUAAAGUAAAUUGAUAUAA